AGCUGAGUCAUUGUACAACUGAUGUGAGACGGAGGACAUGUGACGACUCGGUGCAGGAGUCAAACUGAAGGAAUCGGGUUACGGUGAAAUGGGUAGGAUUGGCAGUGUGACGAAAUCGAUAUCGAACAAGAACAUGAUGUGUCUUUGAUGCUUUCAGUAUAGAUCUUCAAUUUUGCUUCAUCUUCUGAGAGCAGACAAAGCAGUCAGAGCAGCACUUGUACAGCGAACGGUCCAGGGAUGUCCACCACCUCUCAGAAGCACAGGGACUUCGUGGCCGAACCCAUGGGGGAUAAACCGGUCACUGCUCUGUCAGGCAUCGGAGACGUCCUGGGGAAGAAGCUGGCAGAGCAGGGCUUUGACAAAGCAUUUGUAGUGUUGGGUCAGUUCCUUUUGCUGAGGAAGGACUGUGAACUGUUCUCCGAGUGGCUUAAGGACACCAGCGGGGCAAAUUCGAGGCAAGCGUCCUCCUGUUCACAGUGUCUGGCCGAAUGGUGUGAUGCCUUUCUCUGAAUUCGUUGGCCUUUUCCUUCCUUUCAGUAAAUUCAGUACUGAACAGUUUAUACCUUUUGAACAAAUGUCGUCUAUUUUUGUCUUCUGUGAUUUUGCUAUUCAUUAAUAAUUCUAUAGUUGAUGUUGCUGUGUAAAAUCAUUGAAUGUUCUUAAUAGAAUAUGACAAUACUUUAAAAGAAUAAAGUUUGGAGAUUUUUUAGCAAAAUUCAGAGAUUUAAUCCCACAAAUGAAGUGUAACAUACUAUGAAGUGUAUAGAGUCCUUUUAUAUGCUUUUGUGUUGAGCUUCUAUUUGGUUAUUAAAAUAGCAAAUAAUGA